UGGCACCUGUUUGUAACUGGUCAAGGUCAUUUGGAUCUCACCUGUACAUCGUAAUCAGCUCUCUUACCCUGCCAAGUCACGCGUGAAGUUUAAUGAAUAGUACCACAAACCCAGGGUAAAUCGCUUGUCACCACUAUAUUUUUAAACACCAUUGAGAAGCCGCCAUUUGUACGACUAAUGCUAACGGAAGCCAACUUGGAUUACACGUGAUCGGCGUCUCACCUGUACCAGCGAUAAGGUAUCUGAGCUGUGACGUACUUCUGUAGGGAAACAGGUGAUCUCAAGGACGCAGGCACCAUCGCCAUUACGUCUUCUAGGUUUCCUUGCUGAUGGUUCUGGACGAGUCUCUGUGAUCAUCUGUAGGGUUCAACUACUCGGGAGAGUUUAACUGAAGAUAUCUUUAACAGGGACAUACCAAAACAAAACCAUGGAGAAGAAAGUGUACCAGAUCGGCACGUGGCACGAUGAUACCAUUCUGGAUAAUGUUAUUAAUGAAAUGGCCAAGCAGGUCAGUGCAGGAAAAGGGUCAAAGGUCAAACUGACCAUCAAUAAACAUGGAGUAACCGUAAUGAAGUCUGCCGCUCUGACAGGAAAACAAAUGACGGAUUACCUUCCAAUUGAAAAUGUUUACUUCAUAACUGUGAACAAGUAUCACCCUUCGUGUCUGUUGGUGAUUGGAAAAGACCACCCAACGAAAUACCAGAUCUUGGCCUUCCGGUGCACCAGUGGUCUGGAUGCUGGCAUGUUCGUUAAAUAUUUCAAGGACCUAAAGCGUCAAUCCAACCCAGGAGAGGGAUAUAACGUUGAAACAAAAAAGUCUGAAGGUGCAAACUGGACUUUUCGUUCUAAAAACCAAAACAAUAACAAUCGUCAAUUAAGUGCAGUGGUAGACAUGCACAAUGAACGAGCCAAGGUAAACGAGGACAUCCAUAUUCAUAUGAACGGCGGGAGCCAUCCUGAGAACGGUGUGGCUAGAACAUACAUCAAUCCAAUAGCAGACGUCGAGCCUUCAACACUGACAACUGAGGAAAAAACGCAUGCGCAUACGAUCACUUCCGGCAAUGUAGUCUUACGGGAAGAAAAACACAUUGUACAUCACCGCCACCUGUCAGACAAUGUGUCAGAAGCUUCUGAGACAUCACUCCGAGACGAGUUGGACGUCCUUUCACAGGAAUUGAGAGAUAUCAAAUUUAUUCUCGAGAAAUCCACCGGAAUCGGCCCUGAGGAUUAUCAAAAAUCUGUUGUUGUCACUCAAAAAGGGACAGAGCAACCAAAUACUGAGGGGGUGGUGGUAAUGAGGAGGAUUGAACAGCCGGAUCCACAUGUGCUAUUAAUGAGGGAGGAAAAAGUGACGGAGGUUGUCCACCAUUCUAAAACAAACGGAGAGGUACGACACCAAAUUAUCACCAACGGUAAAGUCGAGCGCGCUGCGUCCCCUAAGAUGGAGGGAGAAGUCAGAAUUACUGUUCCCGACUACCGGUCCUCAACCGACUCUACCACUAAGGUUUAUACUUCCACCGAGACCCCCCGGGUCCAGUCUAAUGAGCAUGUCCGAGACGCCAACUACAAAUCCUGGGGAGGGGACAGACGUUCCAUUGUCAAGCCCCAGGGUAACUGGAGGGAUGAAGUGGUCCUUAGACAGAGGGUUCACGGCCGUCCGCGCCCUCGCUCGGCAGUCUACAGCACAUCAAGUUACGGUAGUAUAUCCGGUAGUGUCCGGUCUUCACGUGCACCUAGUGCGUACAUGCUGACCGAACACAACCGUCACCAUGCCAACCAUCACACUGCCCCAACCAAUCGCGGGGGCAGUUACAAACGCCUGCACGUGGCGACCACUGUCCAGAAACCCAUAGAACGCGUGUAUGGACGUCAUUCUACGUACGGCGGUAGGCCGAUCAUCGUGGAACGCCCGACGGUUGUUGACCAUAACCAGAACAAUGUGGAAAAAUCUCAACAUAACGGACGUGAAUCGGUUAUCAUCAGGACGUGAACAAGCUAGUACAAUGUCCGUCAACAGAACUCUAUGUGAUAAACUAUGGACGCCAGUGUUACGUUGAUCGAACCAAGAGCAAGGUACAUUAUUGUUUUUACAUUGUUACAGUGGAUUAUAGCGGGAAGCUUUGCUUUCAUUGUUCGCAACGUAAUUUUACAAAACACUUACAUAAUGUAUAUAUAUUAAUAUAUGUCUGACAGGAGCUGUCAGAUCACGUACAUGUGCAAGGCCUAAUUUACAUACACAAUAAGGAAGAUGUGAAUACAAACUAUGGAAUUGAUGGAUUGCGCCCGGAGGUAAGCGUCCAAAUUAUUCCGCGUGUCAUUACCAUACCUGUGUAUGUUUAUGUGUGUAAAACUCGUGCCUUCACCAUGGGAUGUGAUUUCAUUUACUGAUUACUCGUGUUUGGAUAUACAAAUAUAUUUCGCGCCGGAUAUGACGUCAUAGUGUCAAAAUUAUUUCAUCACUUCUACAUGUUUUGUUUAUUUUCUAAUGUUUGAAAUCCUCAUGAGACAUUAUAAAAUGUAUACUUUACCAAACGUCUAAGAGAGAAAUAUACAUGUACAAUGAUAUUAUGUAAAGAAUGGUGAAAGACUGGAUUGUUUUUUUGGAAUACUAACUGGAAGUACAUUAUCAGAUUAUUUCAUGCUAAUAGCUUCCAUUUAUAUGUGUAAGCAGUUUUAUAUCAAGUAUAUUCAACAAUAAAUCACAUAUAUUCACAAUAUAUAACAGUAUAUAUAUACAUAUACAUACCGUAUGUAUAUAUGUGUCUCCUAUUUUGAAACAAAUUAUAUAGAGAGUCUACCCUGUGGAGAACGACGUUUAAAGGGACCAAUGCAGUUUGUAUUACUAUAACACACAUUCCUUUAAAAAACCAUUCAAAUCGCAAUAAUGGAUUUCUUGACUGAGAGCAAUCUUUGUGAGAGGACAGGAUCACCUUUGUCGUGUCAGGACAAUCUGGUAAAUACGUCAUCACAUUUGAGACUCCUUAUCAGCAAUGUCACGCUCUGAUAAUUUGUGAUAACACAUUAAUAACCAGUUUAUGUAAACAAUAUUCAACAUAUUUCCAUCUAUUUUCCAGUCUUUUGUCAUGUUUCGCAAUUUUUUUCGGAAUGUUAUUAUAUAAUGCGAAAUCAAAACAGUCGAAACGUAUUUAUUCAAUCGGUAGGUUAGUGCAGAUUGCAAAACAAAACAAGCGAAAAGCUACAGCUCACGCAACCCGUUGUGACAGGAAAUGAAAUAAGACAGUUAUCUGACAUUGACAGAGACAUUGAAACGGUGUUCAAAUCAUAAUUUACUUUUGCAAUUAUAUUUGUUUGUCUCUGUUAUCAAAUAAAGUGAGACGAAAAUACCAA